CUCUGUUUAUGCUUUUAUAUCGAACGUAGCAAUACAUUUUUACAUAUUCUAGUCUUCUGUGUGUUUAACGAUUUAAAAACGAAAUUUGUAGAUUUUUUAAAUAUGCGGAGAUUCAUUUUAGUGGGAUUUCUCUUAAUUGUAAAAGGCCAUAACAUAUACGAAGAUGAUAUCUAUUGGCGUGAAUACAAUAAAAGUAUUCCCGAAGAUGCUGUUCAUGUUGGAUAUGGUUUGUAUAUUGGUACAAGGGUAAUUGAUGGUAACUUAAUACCCGGCACAAUAUAUCCUAAAACAGGCAAGUUUAUUACUGAACACUUUGGCAAGAAAGAAACAAUCGAUGGCGUAAAAAUAAUGUGUUCACAAGAGCCUUCAAGAUUUCAAUGGGAAUACGUAAAUUUUCAUGGGAAUGCACUUCCAGAAAAUUUACUAGAAAGAUUAGUAGCAGCCGGCUACCAAAACAAUAGCUUAAACUGGUACAUUGGAAGAGGAUUUCACCAAAACGAGUGGAGAAUCGGAAAGGUUGAUAUUUUUAACGUUAAAAGUUUAUUAAUUUGGAAUAACGAUGGAACGCUUCAUAGACUUUUUAAUUUCGAAAUUUUAACCGAUGUCAAUAAGAUAGUAAAUACGAUUCAAUCGGAUGUAUCAUCGGAUUUAAGAGCUAUAAAAGAGGAACUUUCAAAUAAGAAUGGUUACUAUUUUUCAUCGCUGGCAGAAGAACUUGAUGGACUACCUGAAAGAUUCAGAGAUUUAAUUAAAACUGCAAUUUGGCGAGUUAUUUAUAAAGUUAAGCGUUCCAAUGUAAAUAAUAUCACUUUAUCAUUGUCUGAUUUAGUUGAUUAGAUGUUUGUAAUUAAUAAAAAUAAAAUACUCUGUAAAUAAAACACUAAUGAUUGGCUA